UUUUACAAUUAGCAUAGCUUAGUCUAUUGCUUAAUUUUCAAGAAAAUAGAAAACGAUAAAAAGGUUUAUAUCUUCCUCAUGCAAGCUCUGCAGUUCACCUACCAAAGCAACAGCCAAAGUUCCAGAUAUAAUAAAGUAGAAUAAACGUUUUCUGGGAAUGAUAUAUAAGGAGGAGGGUUAAUCUUGUUAUGCUAUUUCUUUAUUUUCUUUGUUUGAGGAAGCCCCCUAAAGAAGAUAUAAAAUCUGUUUUUUUUUUUUUCUUUUUCUUAAAGCUUCAUGUGCCAAGAGUGAUGCAGUUAACCAUAACUAUCAUUUGAAGUGUUUUUCUCUUUUGUUUCUUUCUUGGCAAACAGAGAUUUUGAAGCUAAGAGGAGAUAUAUACCAUUAUUAGCCAGGUAUAAUUACAUCAUGAACUUGUUUCGAAAUAUCAUGAACUUGUUUCGAAAUAUCAUGGAGAGACUGAGGCCUCAUGUUGGAUUCAAAGGAUGGGACUAUUGUGUUCCUUGGAAAUUGAGUGACGACCAAAGGUUAACAGAAACUUCAUUCAAUUCUCUCUAUCUGUUCAAUCUUUCUCUUUCUUUUUGAUACGCUGGAAAUUCUUAAUUAAAGAAUAGUACGAUAGCUGUCAGGGUUUGAACUAUUACAAUAACUCUUUCUUUAUGUGUUUUUUGUGGGCGACGGAGGGAUCGUACCAUUCGAGCCUUUUUUUUCAUGCUUUUCCUGAAGGUCUGGAGAAAGCUGCAAUCAAUAGGAUUUUCCUAACCCUCCCUUCCCGAAACGAAGGAGGUGAAAUUCUUUUUCCUUUCCGCAGGGACCAGGAGAUUGGAUCUAGCCGUAAGAAGAAUGUGAGGUUUGAGAUUCAUAGGUUUCCUGAUUGGAUGGACUGUUGCUGUGGCGGGACUGAGAACACGCAAGUUAAUGGUGGAGAGGAACUUCAGUUUCCUGUUUCUUCUGUCCUUACUUGCAGGGAUAUCAUCUUUCAGCACCCAAGAACUAAAUAUUGUGAUCUUCUUGCCCGACUUCCUUCUUCAAUGCCCCUGGAGUCUGGGAUUCAUGCACAGGCCUUGAUAUCAAACGAGUCCAGAUGGAUAAAUUUUUCUAAUAAUUCGGAUUUAAAUGGAACAGUUGGAACUAGGGCUUUGAUACCAGUGCCAGGGGGACUACUAGAGUUGUUUGUUACUAAACAAGUGUCUGAAGAUCAACAUGCUAUAGAUAUUGUAACAACUCAAUGUACCAUUUUAAUGAAGCAAGAAGCCAUGAUAAGUUCAACCAACAUCGAUACAGGUUUCGUGGUUAAUAUGAAGAUGAUUGGAGAAGAACAAUCAAAAGCAUAUCUAGCCGAUCAUGACAAUAUGGAAGAAAAGGAUCAUACAAAUAAGAAUCAAUUCCAGCAGGCACCAAAUAAGAAUCUGAAUCUUCCAUAUGAUAUCUCCGCUGAUCGAAUUCGUCUUUGUAGUCCUCCAAUGAAUUUCUUGCAGCAAUUUCAUUAUAGCAAUGAUCGGGAUAACAAAACUAAAAGUAAUGAUCAUAUCUUCUUUGAAGAAGCUGCAACGAAUUCUUCUAAUGGUCUCCAAGAUCAAAUGGAUGCAGCUGCAUUGCACAAGAUCAUGAUGAUGACUACUAAUACAGAAAACAUGCACAUGAAGUUUAUGGGACCUUCAUCAGGAAAAAAGGAGCAGCAAGCUAAUAAUGAUAAUGACUCGAUCAAACACGAGAAUGGGAUAUCGGACUCCGUCUCUGACUGCAGUAAUCAGAUGGAUGAUGAGAAUGACGCGAAGUAUAGGAGAAGAACUGGAAGAGGUCCUCCAGCUAAAGAUCUUAAGGCUGAGAGGAGGAGAAGGAAAAUGCUUAAUGACAGGCUAUAUGAUUUAAGGGCCUUGGUUCCCAAAAUUUCAAAUCUAAAUAAGGUAUCCAUACUUGGAGAUGCAAUUGAAUUUGUGAAGGAGUUGCAGAAGCAAGCUAAAGAACUUGAAAAUGAGCUUGAAGAGCAUUCAGAUGACGAUCAGGGUGUUAAAAAUGGCAUCCAUAAUAAUAUCCCACAAGAAACUUUGAAUCAAGAUGGAGGUAUUGUAAAUGGAUUUCAUGUAGGAUCAUCAGAAGUAGUUAGCUGCUCCAAACUUAAUCACAAGUCAGAAACUAGUCAUGACAAGGGACAGCAGAUGGAGGUCCAAGUGGACGUAGCUCAAAUAGAUGGAAAUGAGUUCUUUGUAAAGGUAUUUUGUGAGCAUAAGGCAGGACGAUUUAUGAAACUGAUGGAGGCUUUGGAUUGUCUUGGGUUAGAAGUUACCAAUGCCAAUGUAACCAGCUUUAGAGGCCUUGUCUCAAAUGUUUUCAAAGUUGAGAAAAAGGAUAGCGAAAUGGUGCAAGCAGAUUAUGUAAGGGAGUCUUUGCUAGAGCUGACAAGAGACGCACCAAGCGGAUGGCCUGAAAUGGCAAAAACUUGAGAGAACGGUAGUGCCAUGGACUAUCAUCAUCACCACCAUCACCACCACCACAUGCACAAUGGCCAUGUCAAUUCCAAUCACCACCAUCUCCACCACCUUCAUAGUUGAGCAAAUACAUAUAUAUCUCAGGACAAUUAACUUUAUGUGGCAUUAUUCUCCUGAGAAUUGUUAUAUUGACACUUUAAUUAACUUGUAUUAUCUUCUGCCUUCUGUCAUACUUGCUGAAUGCGUAAUCUAAAGCUUUAUGCUUCUUGGAGCUUGCUAAUA